CACUCAUCAUUAACUAACCCUGCUUGUUUCUUUGCUUUGCUUUGCUUUGCCUUACCUUGCCUUGCCUGCUCGGCCUUGUAUCUUGGAUGCCCACUCUGUUCUCGUCUCUGAUCUGCUCUAUCUUACGCAUUGCGGUUUGGCCUGAACUUUUGACAUCUCUUUUCGGAACAGAUAUCCCUCCAAAGUGGAGGUUCCCCCGACCUCAAAGUCCCGUCCCGCUCCCACCUGUGACUUUAUUAAAGUAUUAUUAAGGAUAUAUCCCGGCCUCUUUUUUUCCCUCCUUCUCUCGGUCUCUUUGGAUGUCUAUCGACCUCGACCUUUCCAUUUGAAGCUUGCCUGUCAGAAUCUAUCUAUCUGCACUCUCCCGACGACUCCAUUUCCGAUUCCAUCUUGUCCUUGGCUACCUACUUACCUACUAAUCCUGACCUUGUUCGUGAUUGUCUACGGCUCACCUUUGCGCCCACCACCAGCAUCUUGCACUUUUAUAGUCGAGUACGGAUUAAUUGUUCACAUAAUUAAUCGUCCUCCUGUUUUAGUGCUUUGUUUUGACGAUUUUCCCUUUUCAACACUUUUGUAUUCCUACGUGGAUACUCAUGGUGGCGCAUUCUCAUCUUCAUCGCUGUCACUCGUAUCUCUCUAAUUGAAAUUGACCUACAACGGUUCCGGACGGCAACGAUUCUCCCUCUUGGGCACUGGUAUUCAGUUGAAUGCGCGAGCAAGAUUUGCAUGUUCCAAGGCUUGACUCAGAUCCAAGAGAGCUGUCACUUGUCAGACAUUGUCAAUUCCCCAGAACCGAACCGAACCCAACAAAACCCAACGCACCGCAACCUUGUUAGUUGGCAGCCGUAUCUCCCUGGCCUUUGUGUGAUUUGUUCCAUCAUCAUCAUCGAAUCGUCAAUCUAGACGGAGCCAUCCAAUCCCAGAAGACCUCGCCAGCAUCACCCCACGCCCACGCCCUACAACAAGUUCAACCACACGACAACUUCACUAGGUAAUCUUGGUUGCUUUGCUUUUUCCUCAUCUCACCUCAUUCCUGCUUGGGCAUCACACAUUUUCUUACAGGGCCUCGUCUCUUCCCUCAAUGAUGCACUGAGAAAGCGAUACCCUCGGACUCGACUCGAACUGAACCUCACCGCCACAUUUUCAUCUCCCCUGGGUAAAGAGUCGCCGUCCCCGGACCAUGAUCACCGCGGCCCUCCGUCAGAGCCCGAUCAUCGCUGUCGAUAUGGCCAGCUCCACCACGACGACGCCUUUGACCACCACAAGCGUUACCACUGGCGUCAAUAACAGCACAGACACUGACACGGGUGCCACAGCUCCCGAGCUAAGCGACCUUGACUACUUCAUCACCGUACUCCAAUUGCCGCAUGGUCGAACGGAGAACCAGAUCGAGGAUGACCUCGUUUCCAAGGCGAAUGCACUCGGUAUCUCGAGUGCGCCCGUUACUGAUAAGCGUAUCACCUCAAGCGUCGAGUCAGCCUCGACAGUCUACAAUGCUCGAACAUUUUCCAUGCUCUCUGGCGGAUCCACAAGCACCGCCCUGACCACGCAUUCAUCUAUCUUUGGUCCAUCUACGCCUGAUCUGGCGCUUUCCAGUGCCCGGCAAUCCAAGGACCUAAACUUUUCUCAGUAUGAUCGCUAUCUAUCAGUGAUCGAUCCUCACCACAACCAUUCAAAAACCACAAGGGACUCACAAACGCCCGAUGCCACUGCACAGAGUAUAUUCAGCGGCAAGACGAAACGCAGCCUUUUCAGCGUUAGGUCGGGCUUCAGAUUACGAUGGAAGAAGAAGGCAUCCCCGCAGCCGCUCCAAGUCAUGCUGACCUGUGCCAGCUGCCGUGCGGACUUCAAGAGCUCCAAAUCAUUACACAGCAUCUCAUGUGGCCACACAUACUGCGAUAACUGCCUAAGAUCGCUCAUCCAUACAGCCAUGUCCGACGAAUCGAGCAUGCCACCGAGAUGCUGUGCUCAGCCAUUGCCAGGAUCCUUGAUGAAGGAUCUUCUCAGUCGCGACGCCCAACAGGAGUUCUUGAAGGCCAUUAUACAAUACAGCACACCCUGGCAGGCAAGGAUAUUCUGUUCCAACCCUUCAUGCGGAGGCUUCAUUCCACCACAUCAAAAAGUGGACUCCAAGUAUCCUUCCACUGUCACUUGCCGCAAAUGCAACACGAGAGUUUGCCUUAUGUGCAAACAUAAUGCACAUCCGACAGGUAAGGACUGCCCGGAAGAUUGGGAACUAGAUCAGGUUAUCAAGGAAGGAGGCAAAGCUGGCUGGAAACGGUGUUACAAGUGCCAGAACCUGGUGCCACUUGAUGAAGCCAGUACACACAUGACUUGUCGGUGCAAAGCCCAGUUCUGCUACACAUGUGGAGGUGUAUGGGACGCCAAUGCUGGGUGCCCAAACGAUUGUGAUGGGGAGGAAGAGAUGGACCGGAGGAGAACGGAGGAACAGGCUCAACUAGCCGAAUAUGAAGACGAGAAGGCCGCACAGGAAGCAGCCGCUGCAGCGGCGUCCGCCGAGCGCCUCGAAGCCGAAGAACGAACGAGAAACAAUGCUGAUUUCUCCCAUCUCGCCGAGAUGCAUCGGCAAGAACUUGAACGGUUCCUCGAAUUCGCUGAACAGGGGAGGGAGCACAUGAGGGCACGGUUUUCCGAGCAGAAAAGUUCGAUGAUGAAGCGUCAUGCCGAGCUCAAGGAGAGCAUGAAAGAAAAACAUGCGAAGGCUGUGAGUCAAUUGGAGGAUCGGCAGGUAGCUGCCGAGAUGGACCUGAGAAACACUCUGGAAGCGAGUGAACGAAGUGUCAGGAUUCGACUGAAGCAUAUGGAAGCUUACUGUGAUGGGUUGGGACGCAAUGGUGCGAACUCAAGCCCCGGCUCGGACUCUCAACCACAUAGAGUGGUUACGGAACGCGAUCUUCGAGAGCUUGGGCAACAGUACAAUAUUCGCGAUGGCAUGGAAAGAUCACAUCAGGCCAAGAUUAAUGUGAUGAGGGACCGCCAGGCUAAACGUAUGGAAGAACUCAUCGACCGACAAGAGGCUGAGUACGAAACCUUACUCGAGCGGAAUCGACUGGAGCUCGUAGAGUUGCAUGCUCAGUCGGUCCUGGAGCAAGAAACACUGGCGCACACAUUCGCUGCACGAAAAUCCAAGCUUGUGCGUCGAUGGGAACUUGCCAUCGAGAUCCUGCGCAAGGAGCUCGAAGACCAAGACGGUGUCAAGUACGCACCAAUUCCCACCCCGACAUGGCCUGAAUAGACCUCGCAUGUUCUUUUAUCUUCUGGGUACGAUAAUUUGCAUGCCUAUCAACAGCAUCACAUUUACUGCCAUACGACUACCUUCAUGAUACAACGUAUUCUUCGUUCUAUGUUAAUUCACGAUCAAAAGCGAAUCUGCGCCUUACUCUUUUAUAUAUUUUUUUUGUUUCAACACACGCAUAUAUCUUGUACAGCAUUAUACCAGGCGUCAAGACCAUGGGGUACGGACGAUUCAGAGCAAGUUUCCGCCAGUUUGUCUCUUUCUGGGAGUUUCAGGCAUUUUCUUAAUAGCAUCAGCAUAGCAUUAUGGCCGCAUAUUUCAUUCAUAUAUUGGUGGGGGCGGGACGAGGUCGUUAUGAGACGAUGCUCUGUCCGCAGCCAUACUCAUACCCAGACAUUGCUCUUGAUAGAGCGGAUAUCCGAGGAUCAUAGAACAAGGAGAAGAGAGUUAUCAGACUGCGGGUUUCGUUCGCAUCCUGUUUGCGAACGGAUUUGAGUAUUACGAAAGUUCUGGAGCGGGUGGCCUGGUUGGAUGUGCAUGAUUGUAAAUAUCCCGGGCUUGAUAGAUAGGAUUUGAAUGAUUAACCGAAUGGAUCAGAAUGGCACUUCGUCAAGCCAUAGUACCACCCACCCGAUAGCAUGUGUUUGGCAAACGGCAUCUGGCUCCGGCAACUUGCACCAAAUUCGCCAUCGAGAAUGAUGUCGCACCAGCGGAUACAUGCACUUGCAGUGAGGUAUCAGCAGCAUUGGAGGGAGGGCUGACGUUGGCGCCGGACCCUAGCCCCUUGUUCCAUCCAGCAGCCAACAUCCGUGUGUUGUGAUAACGAAUAUUUGGGGUGG